GGUGUGCGUAGUGCUCUCGGUUUGGCCCCGUGUCUGCUCAGAGCGGCGCCACUUUUUGUUUUAAAAGUCCGUAAAUAAAGUUAAAUGUAUUUGGGGGUGAUUAAUAAGCCAGUGGUUACCCUGGUAACAUGGCCUAGCCGAGGACCUCUUUAGGGAAACCUCAGCUGCCUCAGAGGCAAUGAACGAGUUACAAGACUCAGGCUUGGAAGAUGUUUUUUCACUGCACCAGCAUGAAGACGACAGCCUUUUACUCGACGCCAGCUCCUCGGGCCCGGAUGAUAUUUUCGAGGAGGACUUGUACUCUCCCUCGUCUCUGUCCAGCUGUUCCUCCUCGGCUCUCGCAGUGACCUCUGUGCGGGGCAAUCCUGUGUGCUCUUCUUGCGGCCUGGACAUAGUGGAUAGAUAUCUGCUCAAGGUAAAUGAUUUGUGCUGGCAUGUACGUUGCCUCUCAUGCAGUGUGUGUAAUACAUCACUGGGCCGUCACGUGAGCUGCUACAUCAAAGACAAACAAGUCUUCUGCAAACUGGACUACUUUAGGAGGUACGGGACACGCUGUGCACGCUGUGGCCGCAAUAUAAACUCCAGUGAUUGGGUGCGGCGUGCGAGAGGGAGCACUUUCCACCUGGCCUGCUUCUCCUGCACCUCCUGUAAGAGACAGCUGUCCACCGGAGAGGAGUGCGGACUGUUGGAGAACCGAAUCUUCUGUCGAACUCAUUAUGACAUAAUGAUGGACAACAUAAAGCGGGCCAGAGAAAGUGAACAACACAGAACUGAAGAAGAGAUGUCUGACAAGGAUUCAAACUCUGUGCCCAGACCAGCUAAAAGAGCCAGGACCAGUUUCACUGUUGAACAGUUGCAGAUAAUGCAAAACCAGUUUGCCAAAGACAACAACCCCGAUGCCCAGACUCUGCAGAAGCUGGCUGAGCAGACUGGUCUCAGUCGGAGAGUUAUACAGGUUUGGUUUCAGAACUGCAGAGCUCGUCAGAAGAAGCAUGUCAAUCCACUUCCUGCUGCCCCUGCCCUGAUGACUCUAGGUCCUGAUCAGCUGAGUCCUCUGAUGGACGACCUCCAGUACAGCACAUAUCUGUCUUCAGAUACUCCACUUCUCACCACACUCACUUAUGUGGACGUUCCUAACCCUGAUCCACUGUUGCUGCAACCGCUCCUCUCCCACUCUUUGACACAGCUGCCAGUCAGCCACGCUUGAGACUACUCAGAGGAUUAAUACCACAGCCAUGAUGCACUCUAAGGCUUUUCUAUAAUCUGAAUAUGGAUGGAAUUGAAUUUCAGUUUAGAACUCAUGAUAUUAUUUCAGUUUAAGAUGAAUUAACAGGUGUUUAUUAAUGUCUAGACAAAUAUGGCUUUAUGCUUUAUACAAUGUAUUUGUAAGCUAUUUAAUUUAUUUUGAAUAAUAUAAUGAAAUUUGGCACUUUGUUGGAAAAUGAAGUAAAACUUGAGUGUACAUUUAAUUUAAGAAUGUUUUAUUUAAGAAGGGUGUUGAAGACCAUUUUCAGUUUUGAUAUGGUAAAUAUAAGUUUGAAUGGCAAUCAAACUGUGACUGUGGCUUUUUCGUUGUGGUCCUAACAACAACAGUGUCAUUCUCUGGUAUUCUCAAUUUAUGUAAUGUCUUGAUCAAAAGUCAAAAUGUAGCUUAUGUAAAACAAACAUGAUAAAGAUAUCUGCAUAUUAUAAAAUGAUAAUUCAGCUAUAAAAGAAACCUUACACAAAUAAACUGAUGUUUGUAAAUCAGACGUUCAAUAGUAUUGAUUCCCAAAUGCUGAUCUAGCCCCAUCUGCUGGUCAAAAGGUGAUCAUGUGCUGCACACUGAAAUAAAAUGUUGCUCAUUUCCAUA